AUGUUGCGGUUGAAGAGCUAUGAUCGAGUUGCUGAGAGGUUGAAGCACGUAGCUUUAGAGCUGAAGAACCUUGUUGUUGCUGAGACGUGGGAUUCGCUUCAAGGCCAAGAUGUUGGUGAUUUUACAGUCUAUUCUGGAGUUCUUGGGACUGCCCUUUUGCUACAUAAGUCAUAUCAAGUCACCAAGAGCAGGGAUGCCUCCGUCUCUGUUCUGAGAUUGUUAAGGCUUGUGACUGUGCUUCUCUUGGUUCCAGAGGAUUUUGUGGGAAAGGUGCUGCCUUUUUAUUGUAUUUCUCAUUUUGCUACUCUUGUGUUGGUUGAUGGUUUCUGUUUUGCCGUCUCGUUCAUUUGUGGGAGAGCUGGUGUUUGUGCCCUUGGUGCUGUCGUAGCGAGCUUACUGAAUGACAUUGAGCUGAUGGAUUCCUAUCUAGACAAAUUCGUACAGAUUGAACCUCCAGAGGAUCUCUGUGAUGGACUAUUGCAUGGUAGAGCUGGUUACUUGUGGGCAUGUGUCUUCAUGGAUGCCCAUUUUUGCAGAGAAACUAUUUCACGCAAAAUAUUGGUAAGCGUAGAAUAUUUUCUGUCAUGCUUGGUGAGUUUAUUUACUAAAGCAACAAAUGGGCAGGCGCCUGUUGUUGACAAAAUCUUCAGCAAUGGCCGGAAACUGGGGAGGAAGGGACGUAGUCCAUUAAUCUUUAAGUGGAAAAACAAGACGUAUUGGGGUGCUGCUCAUGGAUCGGCUGGAAUCAUGUACGUCUUGAUGCACUUCAAUCUGCAGAAAGAUCAGCGUAAAGAGGUUAAGGAAACACUUCUUUACUUGAUAGAAAAUCAAUUUCCCAGUGGAAACUACCCGUCAUGUGAAGAUGACAGUGAUGCGCUUGUGCAUUGGUGUCAUGGAGCACCUGGAAUUGCAGUUACGCUGGCCAAGGCUGCUGAGACUUUUGGGGACAAAGUGUUUGAGAAAGCUGCUAUGGAUGCUAUGAAGGUUGUGUGGCAACGUGGACUUGUCAAGAAUGUUGGAAUGUGUCAUGGCAUCAGUGGAAACACAUAUGUCUUCUGUGCUCUCCAACGGCUCACUGGAUGUCCCAGGAUUCGCUUUAUGGCAAAGUCGUUUACAUGCUUUUUGCUUGACAGAGGUCAGAAGCUAGUGUCUGAAGGGAAGGUGCGCGGGGGAGAUCAUCCUUACUCACUGUUUGAAGGACUAGGGGGAUUGGCUUAUCUUUUCCUCGACAUGAUGGAACCAUCUAAUGCUAGGUUUCCAGCUUUUGAAGCCAUAUAAAACCUUUUGCUGAAUGGUUCAUGGAGAAUCUUAACUCUAGUUCAUAUGGAUAUUUUGGUAGUCAAACUUUCGAGUUUUUGAACACAGUAGAAUCUUGACUCUUCUUCAUCUUAGCUUAGUUAAGAUGUGUUGCUGGAGCGUUACUGAAAUUUGAUCGGUUGCUGAUAUGGAGGACGUGCUUUCCUGAUACAGCUGACUCAAAAAAAGUAGCCAGCAUUAUGUGCUUUUUACACCUUUUCUGCAGUGUUCUUGGUCUGGCUAGCAACUGUGGUUUUGGCUAUUUGGUUGUUCUGA